CAAAACAACCAAAGAAUUUGUAAAAGAAAGCAACGAACAGAAAAAUAUAGAAGCAUCAAAGUUUUCUCACAUUUUGGAGAUAGAGCUGUUGUUGCUGUUGUUGUUGAGCAUGGCAGAAGAAGGCAAACAAGAGCAGAAGAUCAUCCUCAAAAGCCCUGCUCUUCUAAAGUACAUCCUCGACACAAGCUGCUACCCAAGGGAACAUGAGCAGUUGAAACUACUAAGGGAAGCCACUGUCGAGAAAUACAAGUUCUGGAGCAUUAUGAAUGUGCCUGUUGAUGAAGGGUUGCUGAUCUCCAUGCUUCUGAAGAUCAUGAAUGCAAAGAAGACAUUAGAGCUCGGAGUAUUUACUGGCUAUUCUCUUCUUACUACUGCUCUUGCACUGCCUCAUGAUGGAAAAAUUAUAGCAAUCGAUCCAGACAAAGAAGCCUACGAGUUUGGAUUGCCGUUCAUUCGGAAGGCUGGUGUGGACCAUAAAAUUAAUUUCUUUCACUCGGAUGCCCUCUCAGUCCUAAAUGAUCUCAUUACUAAUCAGGGGAAGGAAGAAGGGAGCUUCGAUUAUGCAUUUGUGGAUGCUAACAAGGACAACUACAUUGAAUAUCAUGAGCUGAUGCUGAAGCUUGUUAAAGUUGGCGGAAUAAUAGCAUACGACAACACAUUGUUGUUUGGCUCAGUGACAGAGCCUGAGGAGACGGUGGGGGAAACGUUAAGGCUACCCAGAAAACAUACGAGGGAUUUGAACAGCUUUCUAGCCACUGACUCCCGUAUCGAACUGGCUCAUGUUACCACCGAUGAUGGCCUCGCCCUCUGCCGGCGCCUCGAGUAGGAAGUAAUAACAACUUCAACUUCAGUGUGCUCAGUUGAACUUCUCUAAUGAAUCAAGCUGUUGUUUUCAAAUAAUGUGGUUGAUGAACCCUAAUAUUCUCAACAUAUUCUCCUCACUUGAUGAGAUGAGCUUUGUAUGAUGUUGGAAUCUUUUUUAUGUAUUGGUUUCUAAUUUUGAUUUGUGCUA